CAAACCAAAUCGCCACGACUGUUUUCGCUGCCGGCGGAAUUUGAGUUUUCCCUUUAGAAAAUUGUGGUGAAAAAUCCAUUCCCUGUCGGUGGCACACGAUGGACGACGUCGCAACGAUGAAAACUGAAAAUGCCAAUCUGAGAAAAAUCCAAGCCAAACUGCUCCAGUGGGAACAGAAGGAUAACCCGUUGGCUCCGCUUAGCACCGCCCAGAACGAGUUCAUCAAUCGACUGGCGGAUAGUUUGUGCGGUGGAUCUCCUGGCAAGGCGGAAGCGGAAAGUCAGGAGCUUAGCCUGGAGAGCAAAACAACGCUGGUCGAUUUCAAGAGUUCCACCAGCGUGAUUGAUUCUACGCAGGACUUCCUGUCGUGGUAUAAUUCGAUCGAUUCGGAGAUACUGGAACACUUUGAUGACGUUUAUUUGGAUUACUACGAGCAGCUGAAGGCUCGUUCGGCCGAGUGCGAUAAGCUGCUGGAGGAAAUCGAGGUGUCGCUGGAUUCGUUGAAGAAACUGACCAGCGAGUACAACUUUGUGUCGGAGAAGACUUCCUCGCUGCAUCAGGCCAGCGAGAAUCUGCUGCAAGAUCAGACAAAAUUGAACGAAAUCGGCGAGGAGAUCCGACGGCGGCUGAAAUAUUUUACCCAAGCGGAAAGUAUCUACCAGCGGUUGCAGAAUCCAACGUUCUCGGUGUCCAAUGAUACCUUUGUGGACAUCCUGAACACGAUCGAUGAUUGUCUGGAGUACAUGCGGGUUAAUCCGGGCUUUAGCGAAGCGUUCGCCUAUGGAAUUAAGUAUAGGAACUGUCUCGCCAAGGCGACGCAGAUGAUGCGGAAUUAUGUUAGCAAUAUUUUGAUUAAUGCGACGGCGCAGAUUUUGGGUCCACGGACUACGACGACGACAAUCGGUACGGGAGAAACGAUGGAGCAGGGGUCGGAGGCGGCAUUUGCUUUGUACUACGGGAAAUUUCAGGCUUCGGCACCCCGGGUUAAGAGGAUUACGGGGACGAUCGAGGCCAGGCUGGAUCGGAGCACAGAAUAUGAGCAGCUGCUGGCGUCCCUGCAUCAGCUAUUCCUGUCCAAUAGGGCGACGAUCAUGAGCUCGGGUGUGGAGCAAGCAAUCCGGGAUCUCAGUCGGAAGCACAAAGGGGACCACUGUGCCCUGGUUCGGUCGGCAUGUGCCUUCAUGGUGCACGUCUGUCAGGAUGAACAUCGGCUGUUCUUUCAGUUCUUCACAAAUCCCAGUCCGCAGCUGACAGCAUAUAUGGAGGGGCUUUGUACGAUUUUGUACGACACGCUUAGACCUUUCAUCAUUCGAAUCGAUCACCUGGAGACGUUGGCCGAAAUUUGCAGCAUUCUUCGGGUGGAGAUGCUCGAUGAGCAUGUGAAUUAUAAUCCCGAAUCCCUGGAAGCAUUCGCCAAGAUUGUCUACCAGUUGCUGCAGGACGUCCAGGAACGGAUCGGUUUCCGGGCGCAAAACUACUUGGAAUCGGACAUCCUCAACUACCGACCAUCGGCCGGCGAUCUGGCCUAUCCGGAAAAGCUGGAGAUGAUGGAAAGCAUUGCCCUGUCGCUGCAGGAGAACUACCUGCGGCGUGCUGAUUCGCGCAGUUCAAUCGUUUCCAUGGCCUCGCUAGCAUCCCAGGAGGUGGAAAGUAUCAAUCAGCAUGCCGAACAGGCGGCCAAAUCACGGGCCAGCAACUCACCAGCCGAUCUGCACGGAAUGUGGUACCCGACGGUGCGUCGAACGCUGGUAUGUCUUUCGCGGCUCUAUCGCUGCAUCGACCGGAUCAUCUUCCAGAGCUUGUCCCAACAGGCGCUGGCCUAUUGCAUCCAGAGCGUUACGAACGCUGCCGCACAGAUCAGCCAGAAGAAGACCACUAUCGACGGGGAACUGUUCGAAAUUAAGCAUUUGCUAAUUCUGCGGGAGCAGAUCGCCCCGUUCAGAGUCGAUUUCACCGUCAAGGAAACCAGCUUGGAUUUCAGCAAGGUGAAAACGGCUGCCUACGAGUUGCUGCAAAAGAGAAAACAACUGUUCGCUUUGGGAUCCAACAAUGCUCUUCUGGAGUUCUUGCUGGAUGGAACUCCUCUGGUCAAGGAACAACUGCUGGAUUCUCGCAAGGACGUCGACCGUCAGUUGAAAACGGUUUGCGAGAUGUUUAUCAGGGAUGCCACCCGUCAGCUGGUGGGUCCGAUUCUGAACUUUAUCGACACGGCGCAGAACCACGUGAAGCAAAGUGCGCCCGGUUCCAACCAACAACCGGGAGCAAAACAGCAAGGCCUUGCCCUGCGGAUGGCUGCCUUUGCCGCACCGCAGCAAAUUAGCUCCAUCAUCCAGGAAAGCAUUCGCAACAUCAAAACCAAACUGGGUGGAUUGCAGCGCUCCAUGCAACUGUACCUGGCCAAUAAGGAUACGGAGUUCAUCCUGUUUAGGCCGAUCCGGAACAACAUCAUCGGAUCGUUUGUCAAGUUGGAACAGCUGUUGACCACCAAUUCCUAUAGCAAAGACGACCUGACGAUCGUUAGUUGUCCCUCGGCGGAGCAGAUUUCCGUUCUGUUGUCCAGCGUAAACUUGAGUGGGACCGGGUGUGAUCCUUUCGGAGGAAUCCAACGUAAGAUUAGUGCUUCGUCCAUUGGAGGCAAUGGAAAUGGAGUUGCGGCGGCGAAGCCUGCGAUAGAGAAGAAGGUCAGCUUCGAUAGUGGGGCCAAUACGGUGCUGCAGAUUGCGGCGGGUCCCCAGGAAGCGGAAGCUUGUGGUGAGGUAGCAGUGAGCGAUGCAGAACAAGGUAAGAUCGAUGCUGAGUAAAUUGUAUUUAUUGGAUUUUAUUCUAUGUUAGUUGUUACUGAAGGUAUGCAAUAUUGAAU